AUUGCUAAACAGCUGGUCUUGUAUUUCAUAAGCAUUAAUAAACAAUUGAUAAGCUCUUGUUAAGUUUUCCAGUUAGAACAAUGCUGCGAAAUCUUAAGCUUCCCUUAGAUACUCAACGUGCUAUCAUUGUGCGUGCAGCAUCGACGCGCACGGAAAAACUUGAAGAGAUUCGUGAACGACUAUCAAAGGGGCCAAAUUUUCAAGAUUUUGUACAAAAUCCGGAGAAUGUUAAAGAUGAAUGGGAAGAUUACGAUGGCAAGUUGCGUCGUGCUAAGGGAGAAACCGAACAAUUGCGUCUUCCACCUUGGCUAAAGACUACAAUACCUAUGGGCAAGAAUUAUGCUAAGAUAAAGUCGCAGCUACGAGAUCUUAAACUGUCGACUGUGUGCGAGGAGGCAAGAUGUCCCAAUAUCGGCGAGUGCUGGGGUGGUGGCGAGCAUGGCACUCAAACAGCAACAAUUAUGCUCAUGGGAGACACUUGUACUCGCGGCUGUCGUUUUUGCUCAGUUAAAACAGCGCGUGCUCCACCACCGCUUGAUGUUAAUGAACCUGUUAAUACCGCAAAGGCAAUUUCGUCCUGGGGCUUAGAUUAUAUAGUGUUGACGUCUGUGGAUCGCGAUGAUUUACCAGAUGGUGGCUCCAAGCACAUUGCAGAGACCGUCCGUGAGAUAAAGGCACGUAACUCAAACAUAUUUGUCGAGUGUUUAGUGCCAGAUUUUCGUGGGAACUUAGAGUGUGUUAAAACUAUUGCUAAUAGUGGUCUCGAUGUUUAUGCGCACAAUAUUGAAACUGUAGAAAAGCUAACACCAUAUGUGAGGGAUCGCCGUGCUCACUAUAGGCAAACACUAACGGUGUUGGAGGAGGCGAAGCGUGUUAAUCCUAAUCUCAUCACAAAGAGCUCCAUAAUGUUGGGAUUAGGUGAAACUGAUGAAGAAGUUGAACAAACCAUGUUGGACCUUAGAAAAGCUGGUGUAGAGUGCCUUACUCUUGGCCAGUAUAUGCAGCCCACUAAGAAGCAUCUUAAAGUUAUUGAGUAUGUGACACCCGAGAAGUUUAAGCACUGGGAGAAUCGGGGUAAUGAGCUUGGUUUUCUGUAUACUGCUAGUGGGCCACUAGUUCGAAGCUCCUACAAAGCUGGAGAAUUUUUCAUUACGAGUAUCUUAGCAAAUCGUAAGAAGUAAAAUACCUAAUCUUAGAUAAUAAAUUGUUUGUUAUAUGUGUAAAAUUUGCUGUUAAUUCUCAUAGCUAGUGCGUGAGCAAAAAAAAAAAUUCAAAAAUAAUACG